AUGGAUCGCAUCAAGGAGAAAAUGAACCAGCUCCGCCUCGAGGCUGACGAGGCUGCGGCCAAGGUCGAGGACCUCCAGUCCAAGAUCAAGGUCCUCGAGCAGGAGAACCUCCAGAAGGAGCAGGAGAUCACCUCCCUCUCCCACAAGAACAGCGUGCUAGAAAGUGAGGUGGACAAGCUUGAGACCCAGGUUAAGGAGUUGAAGAGCGCCGCCGAGGAUGGCGCGCAGACUGGCACUCAGAACGAGACGCUGACACGGAGACUUCAACUUCUUGAAGAGGAGGCCGAGGAGGCUGACAAGACUCUCCGCGAGACCAACGAGAAGCUUCGCCAGACCGACGUCAAGGCCGGCCACUUCGAGCGCAAGGUUCAGGCCCUCGAGAACGAGCGCGACCAGUGGGAGUCCAAGUACGAGGAGAUGGCCAAGAAGUACGCCGAGGUACAGAAGAGUUUGGAGGAGUUCCAGGCCGAUAUUGCCAACAUCUAA